UUAAUAUAGCACAAGUUUUUUUAACGACUAAGGAGACAUUCAGACACAAAAAUCAAUAAAAACCAAAUGGAUAUUUUGUUACACCAUAAAAAUUCAAACUGAAUUAAUGUGUUAGUGGUUAAUGAUCAAAACAAGGUAUUGAUAUGAUAAUUUAGAAGGUUAAUUGAUUUCGAAAAUGCAAAUAGGAUGACUCAUGCAUUGUCCAUUGACUGACAUGAUCACAUUAGUUGAGCUUUUAGUGACACGCGGUAGCAUCUGUAGCAACUUUCCGACUGUGAUUGAAAACAUUAUUCGUGAAAAAAUGGUAAGAAAAUCUUCUUGUGCCGGUGGUAAAUGCAAAUAACCUUGCGGAGUUUGCAGGUCUCAGUGCAAUGAUGAUGCCGUUCUUUGUGAAGAUUGCGGGUUUUGGUUUCACACAAAAUGCGAGAAAUUAUCCGACAAAGAUUUUAAAAUCUUGCGGCAGUUGACUGAAGGCUACAUCUGCUCUUCCUGCACUCAUACUAAUGGCCAGUUUGAUUACGACAAGUCUCUUUUGCGUUUGGAAAACUCGGUGUGUAAAGGAAUGCUGGAAAGUGCAGUGAAAAUGGAAAUUAUAUUGCUACGGGGUACGCCAUUAACUAAGAUGAGAGCCGAUGACGUAAUGCUUGAAAGUCAGAAAGUGGAUAUUAUUGCGAGCGACAUAUUGAUGAAAGCUGGUGGUGUUGUUGGACGUUCGCCCCUUGUUGUUCCUGGUGAUGCUAAUUGCCUGUUUUAUUCGCUUUCUGUUGCGAUGACGGGUAAAUAUUCAAGCAAGGAGUUUCGAGUGAGGACUUCCAUUGAAAUGGUGGUAAACAGGGAGACGUACACGAAAAUGCACAAGAACACGGGUAUUGCCCUUGUUUCACCAGACUAUUUGAAGGCAAUGAAAGAUUGUGCUAUGGACUGGGCGUUUUCAUCGGCGUGGACGAUUGGUGCAGCGGCAACUGUAUUAAAGACGAAAAUCGUGUCCAUCUACCCACCAGUCAAUGGUUUGUUGGAUAAAACAAUUCCCAUAUUGCACAGAACAUUUGCUCCGGUGAGGGAAGACAAGAGAAGAAGGCCAAUUUACAUCAUGUGGACAAGUGCUGCAAGGCCAACGACAUCCAGAAUAUGGAGUCCCAAUCACUUUGUCCCAUUAUUGGUAGCGAAGGAACCGCCGACGAUGUCGGAGCAGAACAAUAGUUAUUUGGAAGUGGAUGAGGAUGUUUUUGGAGAAAAUCAAGCGCGCAGUGCAGCAAUGACGUCAACUCCAAAACGACGGGUAAAGUUCUUGUCAACCGUUCCUACCAUAAUUAUUGAUAGUUAUAUGUAA